AUGUCUACACAAUUAUUUAAUUCAUCAGAUCUUUUAGGUUAUUCUAUCUUAUUCUUAGAUAGUUGUGUAAGUGCAACAAAGAAUGGAACAUCAGGAAAUGAAGUGAUUUCAACAUUACUUUCAAAUAAACCAAUCUGUGAUUCAUUAUUUGGCAUUGCAAUUAAGGCAUUUCCAAUGACACCAGAACCAUCGUUGAUGUUAAUAGGAUCAUUGUGUUAUUCACUUGAAGCAAGCUUUGCACCGUAUUGUCUUCCAUUAAUUCCAAAAACUGUAGAAUGGUUAAAUACGGAAUUACCACCAAAUAUAUACAAAUUGUUAUGUGAACUUGUAGGUGAUAUUAGUAUAACAAUACAAAAAGAGUUUGAACAAUAUGCAAGGAAUUAUUUAGAGUUGAUUCUCCGAAUAUUUAAAAAGCCAUAUUUAACAUUUGGGGAUAAAACAGGGAUUAUCCAAGUUAUUGGAGACAUCAUAGCAACAUGUCCUAAAGAAAGUCAGAUAGCAGUUCCAACUGUUGUUGAAAUAUUGAGUGGAGUAAAUACAGUACAAAGUGAAGAAGAAGAUGAAAUAAUUAGAGCCAUAAGUGAACUUCGUACAGCAGCAUUUUAUGUAUAUUUUACAAUAUAUCAGAAUUAUGUUAUUGAUGAUGUAAUUCCAUUUGUUAAAAUUACAAUUCAAUUAAUAUACAUAUCAGUAAGUGAUAAAUUCUUCAGUAAAAUGCCACAAUUAAUUAAUUAUAUAACCAAUACAAUAUAUGAUAUUAUACAUAAUCAAAGUGCAAUAAAAUCACCUGAGUUUAUAGGAGAAAUGAAUAAUGGGAAUAUACCAAAAUUGAUAGGAACGAUGAAAGAAGUGUGUAGUGAUAAUGAAUGCAAGAAGAUGUUACAAAGCAUAACAAGAUAUUUACAUAUUCAAUGA